AUGCAGGUUGUUCUAGCAGCAUCAAUAUGCACCAAAGGCGGUAAAGCGGUGCUCUCGCGCCAAUUUCACCCAAUGACGCGCACCCAUAUCGAAUCCCUACUUGCAUCCUUCCCAAAGCUCAUCCCAACAAACUCUCAACACACUUCCGUAGAAACCGCUCAAGUCCGCUACGUCUACCAGCCUUUGGAAGACCUUUACAUCCUUCUCAUCACCAAUAAAGCUUCUAAUAUCCUUCAGGACAUCGAUACCCUCCACCUCUUUGCGCGCGUUGUGUCUGAUAUCUGCCGCACUGCAGAUGAGCGUGAAAUUCAGAAACAGAGCUUUGAGCUGCUUGGUGCUUUUGAUGAGAUCGUGAGCAUGGGUUACCGAGAACAGGUUAAUCUUAUGCAGGUAAGGAGCGUACUGGAGAUGGAGAGUCACGAGGAGAAGAUACAAGAUAUCAUCGCAAGGAACAAAGAAGCAGAAGCAAAAGAAGAGCUCAAGCGUCGUGCGCGCCAACUCGAGCUCCAGCGCCGGGAGCAACAAAAACGUGCUGCGGUAUCCGGCAGUGGGGGUAGUUCAUAUCUCGGUGGAGGCAUGUCUGGAUACUCUUCUGUUCCUCAGCGCUUCGACGCUCCAGAGGUGCCGGCUGCGCGCACUGCAUCACCUGCACCUGCGUCCAGCGCUCGCACCCUUCCGUUUAAGAGCAGUGGCAUGAAACUUGGCAGCAAAAAGACCAGGCAAGCUGAGCUCCUAGAUGCUCUCGGCGGCGAGUUAGUCUCCGAAGAGCUCUCGGCGCCAUCGACGCCUCCUAUCCCCGAUCCAUCCCCAGCGCCAACUAACACAAGAGGCAGCCUACCCUCUAUCACAGCUGAAAGCGUACAUAUCGUAAUCAAGGAAAAAAUCGAUGUAUCCCUUAUGCGUGAAGGCGGUGUACAAUCAAUGGAGGUUAAGGGUGAUAUGAAUCUCCAAGUCUCCGACCCCGCUUUAGCGCACAUCAAGCUCGCACUCCCGUCCCCCACCACUGACUUUGGCUCCGACCUCCAAUUCAAGCAGCACCCCAAUGUCGCCAAGUUUGCCCCUGGUCAGAACCGUGUCGUCGCGCUCAAAGAUCCUUCUCGUGCUUUUCCCGUGGGUCAAGCCCUUGGCGUACUCAAGUGGCGCUAUGCAGGACGCGAUGAGUCCUUGGUUCCAUUGUCCAUCAACUGCUGGCCCUCUCCUUCAAAUGACGGCACCUGUGAGGUCAACAUCGAAUACGAGCUCGAGAACGAAAAUGUCACCCUGCAUGACGUCGUCAUCUCCAUUCCCCUUCCCACCGGCUCCUACCCCAGCAUCACCACACAAUGCGACUAUAGCAUCAAUCCCGCUACCCACUCGCUCGACUGGUCCAUCCCACUUGUUUCUACCGCAGCGCCCGGCGGCACGCUCGAGUUCACUGUCGGUGGCGAUGACACAAGCAUGUUCUUCCCCGUGCGCGUGUCAUUCGUGGGUCAGGGGAGUAUCGCUGGCAUUGGGGUAGAUGCUGUCUCGAGAGUAGAUGGUGGUGAGGACCCUGCUUUUUCUGUGGAUUCUGUUGUCACGACGGGUGAUUAUCUUGUUAUUUGA